UCGCGCGUGUAUGAGGUGCCAAUCAAAGCGGCGGCUUCUCUUUGAUCUCUGUAGUCAGUCAGAGAUCAGGGGGAGGAGUGCAGCACUACACUCUCUCCAGCUCAACAUUACUCUCAGUCUCUGCUGAGCGCAUUUCUGAAGAGGGACACCUUUUUACCCAAGAAACCAAACGGGAAUGACACACAGCAUCUGAACUCCAGCACUUUUUUAGUCGUUUUUUUCAACAUUCAAAACUGUCCUGCGUUCAACUUUAACUUCUACAUUUUGCGUUUUGAAAACACCAUAGGAGUCGUACUUUAACUUUUAAAGCACUCUGCGUCGCUAUAUUGGAUUCUCGAGUGUUGCACCGGUCGCGCGAAACACUCACGCGCGUAUUUGGAGGUGAAGGUAUACGGGGGUUUUCUGUUGCAAGCGUUCGCUUUCCGGGCGUUUGUAGGGUGAGGAGGACUUUCAAUCACCCGAGAAAUGCCGCAGUUGUCAGGUGGAGGAGGCGGCGGGGACCCGGAGCUCUGCGCCACCGAUGAAAUGAUCCCGUUCAAAGACGAGGGAGACCCGCAUAAAGAGCAGAUCUUCGCGGAGAUCAGCCACUCCGAGGAGGAGGGAGACUUAGCGGAGAUCAAGUCAUCUCUGGUCAACGAGUCAGAAAUCAGUCCCAACAGUAACAGUCAUGACGCAGCUAGACAGUCCCAAAUAACACCAGACUCUUAUCAUGAGAACCACAGGGACCAUCCAGAUGAUGGUAAGCAUCAAGACAUGUACAGCAAAGGCCACCCGUACCCCAGUUACCCAGGAUACAUCAUGAUGACCAAUAUGAACAAUGAACCCUACAUGAACAACGGCUCUCUCUCACCUCCCAUUCCCAGAAUGUCAAACAAGGUGCCGGUGGUCCAGCCGUCCCAUGCCGUUCACCCCCUUACCCCUCUGAUCACAUACAGUGAUGAGCACUUCGCACCCGGCCCACACUCGGGACAUCACCCACAGGACAUCAACUCCAAGCAAGCAGGUAUGCCUAGGCAUCAUCCUGGACCGGACAUUCCCAAUUUCUACUCCCUUUCCCCUGGGGGAGUUGGACAGAUGACCCCUCCUCUGGGAUGGUUCUCUCAUCAUAUGGUACCAGGCCCUCCUGGACCCCAUGCCACGGGAAUCCCGCAUCCCGCCAUUGUUAACCCACAGGUGAAACAUGAACCACAGCACGAAACCGACCUGAUGCACAUGAAACCUCAGCAUGAGCAGAGAAAAGAGCAGGAGCCCAAAAGACCUCACAUUAAGAAACCCCUUAACGCUUUCAUGCUGUAUAUGAAAGAGAUGCGUGCCAAUGUGGUGGCUGAAUGCACGCUGAAGGAGAGCGCCGCGAUCAAUCAGAUCCUCGGGCGGAGGUGGCAUGCUUUAUCUCGGGAAGAGCAAGCAAAGUAUUAUGAAUUAGCCCGCAAGGAACGGCAGCUCCAUAUGCAGCUUUACCCAGGAUGGUCUGCCAGAGACAAUUAUGGAAAGAAAAAGAAGCGGAAGAGGGAAAAGAUCCAGGAACCUGCUUCAGGUACAGGCCAGAGAAUGAAAACGGCGUACAUCUGAACAAUGGAGGAAAACGGACUUCUUUUUCCUCUUGCAAAGCUAAGGCCGCAGCUACAGGCCCCCUUUUAGAGAUGGAGGCCUGCUAGAUUCCUCAACCUUUCACCCCUCCGACACUUCUUGACCCCUGCGGAAUCUCCAGAGGGUCCCGGUCCUUGAAUCUGCUCCUCGGCUGCAGGCGCUGCUGUAGAGACGUUGAACUGAGAACAGACAAUCACCAACACAGGCCCUCACACAGACCCGUGAAUACUCGUUUGAACCCUCCUUUUUGUUUUCUGUCCUUAAUUCACUCCCCAAGCCGAAGGCGUUGCACUGAUUAUGCUCCUCGACCGCUUGUAAAGGGCACAUAUGGCCACAUGUAAACAAACACAUACAUUCCUACACCUGUUCCUAAGUUAUUCUAAGUUAUUUGGCACCUCUGUCUUCUGUGUGUUCACUACAUCACUCCCUCACUUCCUUUUGUGUCCCCAAAAAUGUAGCAACACGGGGGCCCGACACACCUCACGGCGUUGUAUCGCAACAUUUUAAGGAUCACACCUUUCCCUGGAAACAAUUUAUCCGUAGGUUGGGUUUUGCAUUAUGACACAUUGGUGCAAAAAAGGAUCAAUGUUUUGAUUUUCUCCUCGAACAUCUUGGGUUCAAGUUUAUUUUGAAUGCUUUUUUUAUUUUGUAUUAUUCUUUAUUUUGAUUUCUCGGUGUAUAUUUUAAGUGAUUUUUUUAAACAUUAUUUUAUAUAUAUAUAUAUAAUGGUAUAUGAAAAAGAUUCUUGGAGACAGGAAAGCCAUUUUUCUUGUUGAAGCAUCUUGCAGAAAUAACAUUUGAAAGUCUUCUUUUUGAUAACUAUUUGUAUUGGAUAUUGACCUCUCAGUCUUGCGCAGAUGUAAAAUAAUGCUCAAUGUGUACUUUUUAAAAAGAGAUGUCUGGAUGUCAUUUUUCUUGGUAUUUUUGCAGGCAACAUUAGGACAGAGGUGAAAGAGUGGGUACCCAGAGGCCUAUAUUUUAUUGAUCUAAAUUGACAAAUGAAGCAGAUAUAUAUCUAUAUAUAUUUACCCCAGCACUUGGCAGUCUUUCUUUAAUUGCAAUGUACCUCUGUCUCUCUGGUAGGUAAUAGAAUGGUCUUUACCAUGUUUAUUCCAUGCAAACAUUUCCACUUUUUUUUUUCUUUUAGCAUUUUCAGAUUUGUUUUAUUUUUUAUUAUUCAUUGUCCUAUUUUGAAGCGUUAACUUGGUGUAGCAUUUUGCUUCCAAGUGGUCACAUUCGAACUGUUUCAUGUCUUUUUUUAAAAUAAAUAGGCAUCUUUGACUGAAAA